UGGCAUUCGUAGCUCAAAAGGAAAUGCGAAACUAAUGUUUACAGUUUGCAAAAGAUAAAUAAAACGAGAAGUAUUACUAUAACAUCUUACUGAAUAGAAUACUCUCAAAAUUUGAAGUCGUAAAUUAAAGCCAUGUUUAAAUAAGAAUUUUAAGUAUUUGAUUAAAGGAGAACUAGAUCAUAGAACAAACUAUAUCAUGGCGGACAAUGAACCACAACAAGCCCUCAUGGUAAACGGGGAUCUCACAGUAAUUAAUAAUAUUUCGAAUUCCCAGUUAUCCUCAGAUCUUCAACAAAAAAACGAUGAAGUAGUAUCAACAUCUGAUAUUUUACAAAGAGCUUUUGAUGAAGCUGGGGGAUUUGAACAAACUUUAUUAAAUCGACCUAGCGAUCCCAGUUCUGUGCAAGAAAACAGUCAACAUUUGACUGAUCAUUCAUACAUUCACACUAAUUCAAAUGCUGAUUCAUCUAUCACCUCAACAGAUAGUCAAGAUAUAAAUCCAGACUGUAAUGAUUCAAAUAAGGAAUUGAAUUUACCCAAUAUUCAGUUUUCAAGCGAUGUUGAUUUAAAUGUUUCCCAUGGGUUAGAAACUAGUUUUACAAAUGAAACAACCAAACUUAAUUUGUCUGUCGAUAAAUUAAAAAUUGUGGAGAAUAUUUUAGCGAAGCAGAUUAUUACCACCAGCAAUACAGUAACUCCAUUGGAUCCUAUGUCCUCUAAUAAUUUAGUUAUAGAAUCAGAGAAAGUAACACCUUUGCCAUCUAUUUUAAAGAAGAAAGUUGAAUCCUUUUCUUCAAAUGCUCCAUCCUCAUCCUCGGAUAGUGUAAUUUCCCUGAGAUUGCCAUUGUCUGAGAAUUUAAGUAAUUCUUCCUUAGGAUCGCUUAGGAAUGAAUUACCAAUAAAAAUAAGUAAUUCUUCCUUAGGAUCUCUGUGCAGCAAUGAUUCUGCUGAUUCUGUAUUUCCAAGUGAUUCAAGUAUUGUACAGAACCCAACUGAUCAAAGUUUACAAUUUGUUUUAAAACCAGAUAUUCAAUCUACAGCUAAUACGUCAUCUAAUAAUGCAAUUCAUGUCACAAAGGUACUAGCAAAGCCAACUAAUGCACCUUUAGGUUCCGUAGGAAACCCUAUACAAAUAAUUCAUAACGGAACAUCAUAUUUAUCUACACAAAUGUUAAGUCAAGCACAGCUGCAGCAAAUAACUCAUGUUCUUCAGCAACAACAAGCUAAAAAGCUAGCAAAUGGCGGCAAAUCCUCAAUAUUAUUCGAGCCAAAUACUAGAACUCGUAUUGUUUGUAGAGUCGUUCAACCAUCAGAAUUACAACAAAAAUUAUCUAAGCCCGAGACUUCUAAGGCUAAUAAUUGCCUUCCUGCAGUAGGCAAAGGUCGAGGACGUCCUAAGGCUAAAGACAGAUCUUCCCAAGAUGACGAAAGGAAUAGCAGUUUUUCUAAAGAAGAGCGAGAAGAGAGAAAAAAGCAUCGUCCCCGGACUAGAUCGGGCCGUAUAUCGAAACCACCCAAUCAUUUAGCAAAAGACUAUAAAAGGAUUCAUCCUCUAGAUUUAAAUGAAGAAGUUUAUGAUGACAGUGAUGGAGGCUAUUCUGAUUAUCACGUGAGUGAUGAUGAAGUCAAACAGAAAGAAGCUAAAGCAAGUAGCUUGCCCCCAGGUGUUACGACAGCUAAGCCACGUAAAUAUUCUUGUGUGGUAUGUGAUAAAGCCUAUAUUGGCCGUGGUGGCUUGUCUCGUCAUUAUCGUUUAAAUCCUGGUCAUGGUAGCUUACCUGAAGGUGAAGAUGCUAGUACUCAAGAUGAAAAUUCAAACAGCUCAAUGGCUUCAUCUAUUUUAAGUAAUUCCGGCAGCAACACAAAUAAUCAAAGUAUUCCAGUAAUUCCAACUCCAAGCAGCACAAAACAAGGGCCUUCGAUACUACAAGAAGCUCUGACACAAGAUAGUUUCCCUUCGGAACAACAGAAGCCUCAAGCACCAGUAAAUGAGAUAACUCCCCCUAUCGAUAGAAGAAAAUCUAAAUUAAAAGAAAUUUUGAAAGGCUACUCUACUUCUGAAUUAGUUGAUGUUCUAUUGCCUAAAUUUGCUGAAGAGGUUUCAACUUGGAAGUUUUUUACUACUAAAUGCCAUAGAGAAACAGAGGGUGAAACUCUAUUUGAAAUGCUAAAAGAAUUUGAGAAAUUCCUUACUCCUAUGCAAAGAGUGUCUUGUUCUUGUUUGUCUCGAGCAUCUGAAGCAGAUCGUGGAAAAACAAUUAUCAAUAUAACUAGUCAACGUCUUGCUGAAGUUCUAACUCUUGAAAAAGGAUCAUACACUGUUAAUAGUACAGAAAUGGUAGUAACAAACUUAAAAUCAAUUGAUUUUCGUCUUUCAAAUACUGUGCCCUUGUCAAGUGCGGAAUCCGAAGUACCGAAUCACCCAUUGCAUAGUUUCCCCAAACGAAAGCGAUUGGAUCCCAGUGUUGUUGAUGUGAAUGCUGGCUUACCCGAACAGAUAUUGAGUGAUGCCCAAGAAAGCAAUUGUCUGGAUUUACCUAUGUCUGAAGAAUCAUUUUCAGAAACUGCUGAUUUUCAUCAUCAACAAACUAAUCUCUUAAAUGUUUGUGUUGCUAAAGGAGCAAUACAAAAUGAUUUAAAUCACAAAAACUUAUUUGAUCUCAAUAGUUCUACCAUUGUAACUCCUAGCUCUUUAUCAUCUGGGUGUUUAAGUGCAGUAAAUUCAUCUGAUUUACAAAAAGGGAUUCAGCUACAAAACAUGCAGGUUAGAAAAAUUCGAUUAUUGAAUGCAGCACUGCAAAAUCAGACAUUUUCAACUGCAGCUAAUGCAAUGGCUCUUAAUGGGCUUGCUUUAUCAUCUAAUAGUAUUCUUGGUGGUUUGACCAGUCAAACACAAGUAAAAGAUAGUGUGGCAGUCCAACAUCAGGAGGAUUUAGUGAGCAGUAGUUCUGCUAUAGAAAAUAAAGCCUUUCGUGCUAUAGGCUUAGAAUCAGCCGCUGGUAUUUUUAAUUCUUGUCCAGAGUUGUCUCAAGCAAAUUUAAUAGAUACUCAUCAAUCAUCUUCAAAUGCUGAGCCUAAUGCUUCGUUUGUAAAUUCUUUUCAUAUAAACAAUAGCUGCUUGCCUGCAGAUUCUCAUAAAGUUUCAGUUCAGUCAGAUGUCCAAGAAAACUUAGCUAAUUGCCUAGUUGUUGCAGAUAUUGCCCAUUCCUUGGAAAAUCCUAAUACUUCCAUUAGUGAAAGUGAUAUUCAAACAUGUGUAUCUGCUGGUAUAAUUCCUGCUAGUUCCCAUCCAGUGGAAAGACAGUUUCAGGUUACUUCAACUGAUAUUGUUUCUUCUGACAAUGUGAAGUCCCCAGAGCAGGCUGUACUUAGACAAUUAAUGCUUCCUGAUGGACGCAUAAUUGGUGUUUGGUCAUCUGUAGAUAAUGCAGAUAAGGCAUCAAAUGAACAGAUUUUACAAGGCUUUUUGCCUGGCAAUUUAAUUCUAGUACAAAAUUCAGAUGGAUCUAUUCAAGUGCCUCAAAAUCAAGGUGCUGCCUUGGAAACUUUGCAAGCCUUAACCUCAGCAGAUUCAGCAGCAUCUGACGAAGCAAGGUCUAUCGCACACACCUCUGUUAAUAUGUAAGACUGUGUAACAUUGGUUGUAUUGUUAUUGUGUCACAUUGUAUAUGUUUAUUUAUUUAUUUGUUAUAUGUUGUGAGAUUUUUAUGAAGUGUUUUUAAAAAUGUAUAUAAUUUGUUUUUAAGCGACAAAGUUUUAAAGUACUUUGUAAAUAUUUAUUUGUAAUAUAUUGUAUAAUAAUGCCUCAUUUUGGUGAAAAGUAGUACAAAUGUUUGUAGUUCAAGCUAAAGAGUUUCUUCAACUGAAAAAAUAUUGCUUUAUUUUCUGUUACAUUAUGCUAUUUUCAUUUAUAAAAGUUGCACUGCAAUAUUCUUUUAUUUUUCUAUUGAAUUUUCUGUCACAUUUACUUGUAAAAAUGUUAUUUAUUUAAUUAGUGUAUUAAUUGUUUUAAUUUUUAUUAUUAGAUGCAAAAAUUACUUGCUUCUGUGCAUUUUGAAGGGAAGUUUUCUAAAUUUUUAAAUUGUGUGAAAUUGCAUUGUUAUUUAUGUUGACGUGAAUACUAUUUACGUGAAUACUAGUGUAAGUUUUAACUUAGAAGAUAAUUUUAUAUGGUAUACUUUCAUUAACUGAUUUUAAAAAUAGUAUCAUAAUACUGAUCAAAAAUUACGAGCUUACAUAGUUUGAACUCAACUUUUUGAUGUCAGUUUAGUUUUAGUACUGUAGAUUUUAUUAUUAUUUUUCAUGAAUUCAUUUAUAUUUCAUUUUGAGAUUCAUAUUCAAAAUACAAAUGCCAUAAAGUUA